CGGCGGGAGCUGGGCCCAGCGGCGCGGGGACGGGCCGGCGGCGCCCGGGACGAGGCGAAGAUGCUGGAAGCGGAUCUGGUUUCCAAGAUGCUGCGCGCUGUUCUGCAGUCCCAUAAGAAUGGAAUAGCGUUACCCCGACUCCAGGGAGAGUACAGGUCCUUGACUGGAGACUGGAUCCCGUUCAAAAAGCUUGGGCACCCUACUCUAGAAUCCUACCUGAGGAGCGUGCCGGCUGUGGUCAGGAUAGAGACUGGUAGAUGUGGGGAGAUUACCUGCUACGCUGUGGCCUGCACAGAAACCGCAAGAAUUGCCCAGCUUGUGGCUCGUCAGAGAAGUUCUAAAAGGAAAACAGGGCGGCAAGUUAAUUGUCAAAUGAGAGUGAAAAAAGCCAUGCCGUUUUUCCUAGAAGGGAAACCCAAAGCCACCCUCAGACAACCAGGAUUCUCUUCAGAUUUCUCACUCAGCGAAAAGCCAACUCCAAUGCUGUUAAGAGAUAAAGGAAGCUCCCUUGGAAUUAAGUCUGACACGGAAUUGCCACCCUACAUGUUACACACGUCUCUCCGAAGUGAAAUAUUCAGAGAUGCUCCUGGACAGAGACAUGUGACCCUGUCCACCAACAACAGGUUCAGCCCAAAGACACCUCUCCCACAAGCUUUUCAGAUGCAUCUAUCCAGAACCUGUCCUAUGGAAAUGAGUGAUAAUUUAAAUCAGACUGUUGAAAAACCAAAUAUCACGCCUCCUGCCUCUUACACUUAUAAAAUGGAUGAGGUUCAAAACCGCAUAAAGGAAAUACUAAACAAGCAUAACAAUGGCAUUUGGAUAUCUAAGCUUCCACAUUUUUACAAAGAGUUAUAUAAAGAAGAACUUAAUCAAGGAAUUUUACAACAGUUUGAACACUGGCCUCAUAUUUGCACGGUGGAAAAGCCUUGCGGUGGUGGUCAAGAUUUACUUCUUUAUCCAGCUAAGAGAAAGCAGCUUUUGAAAAGUGAACUGGACAAUGAAAACAUGCAGCCAUCACCGCUGUCUCCUCCAAAACAAAAGCCAGCAUUAAAGGAGUGCCCAGGAGUCGUGCCAGGAGACUUUAAAGAGAAAGUUGCAGAGCUGCUGUGGAAAUACUCAAGCGGCCUUUGGGCCAGUGCGCUCCCGGAUGCGUUUGAGGACAUGUACAAAGUGAAAUUCCCCAAGGAAACCUUGAAAAAUCUCGCCUCGCUUUCUGAUGUAUGCACUGUAGACUACAUUUCUGGAAAUCCUCAGAAGGCCAUUCUCUAUGCUAAACUUCCAUUGCCGACUGACAAAAUCCUCAGUGACUCAGGGCAGGCACAUGGCGACUACGAUAUCGAGUCCAUGAUUGAACAAGAGUACCUGCAGAUGGAAGAAAGCCUCACUGAAAGCACCGAUGUCCUUAUGGAGGACAUCACGGUCCCUCCACUCACCAUUCCGACCGAGGCGUCCCCAUCUGUACUGGUGGUGGAACUGAGCAACACAAAUGAAGUGGUUAUCAGGUACGUAGGCAAGGACUACUCUGCUGCCCAGGAGCUCAUGGAGGACGAGAUGAAGGACUACUACAGUAAGAGCCCGAGGGAGACCCCAGUCCAGGCCGUGCACGUCGGGCAGCUGCUGGCCGUCCAUGCCGACGAGGACGCCUGGCUGCGGGCACAGAUCGUCUCCGUCGACGACAACAAGAUGAAGGUGUGCUAUGUUGACUAUGGAUUCAGUGAAUAUGUUGAAAAGAGCAAAGCCUACAAAUUGAACCCCAAGUUCUGUUCACUCUCAUUCCAAGCUACGAAGUGUAAACUGGCAGGGUUGGAAGCUCUAAGUGAUGAUCCUGAUUUGGUGAAGGUGGUUGAGUCUUUAACUUGUGGAAAGAUCUUUGCAGUGGAAAUACUUGAAAAAGCCGACAUCCCACUGGUGGUUCUGUACGAUACCUCUGGAGACGAUGACAUCAACAUCAACACCACCUGCCUGAAGGCCGUAUGUGACAAGUCGCUGGAGGUUCAUCUCCAGGUCGACGCCAUGUACACAAACGUCACGGUGACCAACAUCUGCUCUGACGGGACGCUCUACUGCCAGGUGCCCAGUAAGGGCCUCAGCAAGCUCAGCGACCUCCUGCACAAGAUCGAGGACUACUUCCACUGCAAGCACGUGACCUCCGAGUACUUCAUUUCAACGUCCUUCUGUGGGAAAAUCUGCCUCUUCCAUUGCAAAGGAAAAUGGUCACGAGUUGAGAUCACGAAUGUCCACAGCAGCCGGGCUCUGGAUCUUCAGUUCCUGGACACCGGCACGGUGACAUCUGUGAAAGUGUCGGAGCUCAGGGAAAUCCCACCUCGGUUUCUGCAAGAAAUGAUUGCAAUCCCACCACAGGCUGUGAAGUGCUGCCUGGCCGACCUUCCGCAGGCCGCUGGCAUGUGGACCCCGGACGCUGUCCUUUGGCUGAGAGACGCUGUUUUGAAUUGCUCGGACUGUAGCAUUAAGGUUACAAAAGUGGAUGAAAGCAAAGGGAUCGCACAUAUCUAUCUGUUCACCCCCAAGAACUUCCCGGAUCCUCAUCGCAGUAUUAACCGCCAGAUUACCAACGCCGACCUGUGGAAGCACCAGAAGGAUGUGUUUUUGGGCGCGGUGGCCAGUGGUGCGCCCAGUGGCAGGAGUGGCCCCAGCACCACGCCCGGCCUGGCCGCUGGUGACAGCUUCUGCAGGAGCCUUCCCGAGAUGGCGCAGAAGGCCGCGGGCAGCCACGGCAGGUCCCUCGCCCAGGCACUGCCACUGCCGGUGCCCCUGUCCAAGCCCGGGGAGCACAUGGAUGUGUACGUGCCUGUGGCCUGCCACCCUGGCUACUUCAUCAUCCAGCCCUGGCAGGAGAUCCACAAGCUGGAAGUUCUGAUGGAAGAGAUGAUUCUCUACUACAGCGUGUCCGAGGAGCGCCACAUAGCAGUGGAGAAGGACCAAGUGUAUGCCGCCAAAGUGGAAAAUAAGUGGCACAGGGUGCUUUUAAAAGGAGUCUUGACCAAUGGACUGGUAUCUGUUUAUGAGCUGGACUACGGCAAGCACGAAUUGGUCAAUAUAAGAAAAGUACAGCCCCUGGUGGACAUGUUCCGAAAGCUGCCAUUCCAAGCCGUCAGCGCUCAGCUUGCAGGAGUGAAGUGCAGCCAGUGGUCCGAAGAGGCCUCGAUGGUGUUUCGAAAUCAUGUGGAGAAGAAACCUUUGGUGGCAUUGGUGCAGACGGUCAUUGAAAAUGCCAAUGCUUGGGACCGGAAAGUGGUGGUGUACUUGGUGGACACAUCGCUCCCAGACACUGACAUCUGGGUUCAUGAUUUCAUGUCAGAGUAUCUGGUGGAGCUUUCAAAAAUUAACUAAUCACUGCUUCUGAGACCUCAGCAACUCAUUCAGAUUUUUUUUUAGCAAUAACACAAUGUAGUGGGCUUUAAAAAACAAAAUCUUAUCUCUGCUACAUGGCUCAGACGAUUGCGGGGAUUGAAGAGAAUAUGCUUAUGUUUGAUGAGAGAUAUUUAACAAGUUUUGUUUUAACAGAGUUGACUUUUCAAAGAAAAUUGCACUUGAAUUAUUACUAUAAUAUUAGAAUAAAGAUGUUUAUUGAUGUAAA